AUGAGAGAUGUUCGAAGCGGGCUCGCUGGAAUGCUCAUUUUAGUUUGGGUGAUUAUUGCGACAAUUCUCACAAGGGAUAGUUUACAUUAUAAGGAGAUAGACUUUGAUAAAUAUCCCUAUCACAAGAUGUUCAAGUUCAUCAGCGUCAUUGGAAUCAUUCAUGUGUCGUUUGCAGCCUAUUUCAUUCAAUCGAGUAUUGCCUACUUGGUCAUCCUCAUCCUAACCGUAACCUCCUUCAUUUUCUCUGUGGAUCUGUAUACUGUAAUAACCACAAUCAUACAUGUUUCGAAAACAUUAUCACUAUGA